AUGGAGUGGCAUAAGGACCCUUGUGACUAUCGCUGGCCCAUCUACAUCACCCAGGAUAAGCUCCAUCUCAAAACUGUACCAGCCAAGCCCCUUUUGUCAUAUAAAGUAAAGUCCACAGGUUCAGGGAGUUCAGAUGUGAACAUCUUUGGGAGGCCAUUUGUCAGCUACCAUAGUUGCCCUUCAGGGGAACCCUGCAUGGGGCAGAAAUGGGACAGCACCAGUGUCCUGAACAGCAGCCUGGGAAGCAUGACUUCAGUGAUGGCAGACCAGCAGCUAGAGGUUCCAUGUCAGAGUACAGUACACAAGCACUUUGAACAUCUCAUUAUCCUAUGCGUCAUCAUAGUGGUACCCUAUAUCGAUGGUAUCAUCAGGCACAGAGCUGAAAUGAGGAGGUAUCCAGAUGCCUUGCUUGCGCCCUUCCGUCCGCCGCCACCCACUCCGGACACAGAGCACCCAGUCGUGGAUAAAAAUGAGCUGGUGCAGAAGGCCAGACUGGCCGAGCAGGCUGAGCGAUAUGAUGACCCGGCAGCCUGCAUGAAGUCCGGAACUGAGCAAGGAGCUGAAUUAUCCAAUGAGGAGAGGAAUCUUCUCUCAGUUGCUUAUAAAAAUGUUGGAGGAGCCCGUAGGUCAUCUUGGAGGGUCGUCUCAAGUAUUGAGCAAAAAACGGAAGGUGAGAAAAAACAGCAAAUGGCUCAAGAAUACAGAGAGAAAAUUGAGACCGAGCUAAGAGAUAUCUGCAAUGAUGUACUGUCUCUUUUGGAAAAGUUUUUGAUCCCCGAUGCUCCACAAGCAGAGAGCAAAGUCUUCUAUUUGAAAAUGAAAAGAGGUGGGAUCCCUGGGCUACUACGUUACUUGGCCGAAGUUGAGGCUGGUGAUGACAAGAAAGGGAUUGUGGAUCAGUCACAACAAGCAUACCAAGAAGCUUUUGAAAUCAGCGAAAAGGAAAUGCAACCAACACAUCCUAUCAGAUUGGGUCUGGCCCUUAACUUCUCUGUGUUGUAUUAUGAAAUUCUGAACUCCCCGGAGAAAGCCUGCUCUCUUGCAAAGACAGCUUUUGAUGAAGCCAUUGCUGAACUUGAUACAUUAAGUGAAGAGUCCUACAAAGACAGCACGCUAAUAAUGCAAUUACUGAGAGACAACUUGACAUUGUGGACAUCGGACACCCAAGGCGGCGAAGCUGAAGCAGGAGAAGGAGGGGAAAAUUAACCUGCCUUCCAACUUUUGUCUGCCUCAUUCUAAAAUUUACACAGUAGACCAUUUGUCAUUCAUGCUGUCCCACAAAUAGUUUUUUUGUUUACGAUUUAUGACAGGUUUAUGUUACUUCUAUUUGAAUUUCUAUAUUUCCCAUGUGGUUUUCAUGUUGAAUAUUAGGGGAGUAGAGCCAGUUAACAUUUAGGGAGUUAUCUGUUUUCAUCUUGAGGUGGCCAAUAUGGGGAUGUGGAAUUUUUAUACUAGUUAUAAAUGUUUGGCAUAGUACUUUUGGUACAUUGUGGCUUCACAAGGGCCAGUGUUAAAACUGCUUCCAUGUCUAAGCAAAGAAAACUGCCUACAUAUUGGUUUGUCCUGGUGGGGAGUAAAAGGGAUAAUUGGUUCCAGAUACAGGUGUAGUUAUUGUGGAUACUUUAAGGUUUAGAGCACUUACAAGGCUAUAGUAGAAAUGGGUAUCCCGUAGAUACUACAUGUGAACCACAGGUAUCUGUGGAAUACUCAUUCUCAAUGUGCACACCUUUGACUACAGUUGCAGAAGUGUUCCUUUAGUUGUGACCCAAUUUACUCUGGAUAAGGGCAGAAACGGUUCACAUUCCAUUAUUUGUAAAGUUACCUGCUGUUUGCUUUCAUUAUUUUUGCUACACUCCUUUUAUUUGUAUUUAAAUGUUUUAGACAACCUAAGAACAAAUGUACAAGUAAAGAUGCAGUAAAAAUGAAUUGCUUGAUAUCCAUUACUUUAUGUAUAUCAAGCAUAGCAGCAAAACAAAAAUCCCAUGUAUUUAACUUUUUUUUUUUUUUUUUAGGGUUUUUUGUUUGUUUGGUUGGUUUGGUUUGGUUUUUUGCUUUUGUGAUUUUUUUUUUUGGAUACUUGCCUAACAUGCAUGUGCUGUAAAAAUAGUUAACAGGGAAAUAACUUGAGAUGAUGGCUAGCUUUGUUUAAUGUCUUAUGAAAUUUUCAUGAACAAUCCAAGCAUAAUUGUCAAGAACACGUGUAUUAAGUUCAUGUAAGUGGAAUAAAAGUUUUAUGAAUGGACUUUU